CUUCUCGUACUGCUAACCCGCUAAUAGCUUAGCCUAGCCUAGCCUCCUGCAAACCAAAACAAUCAAGGUACCAACAUGUCCGCCGACACCAAAAUAGCCGAACUGCUGACGGAGCUCCAUCAACUCAUUAAACAGACACAGGAGGAACGCUCGCGCAGUGAACACAACCUGCUCAACAUACAGAAAACACAUGAAAGGAUGCAGACGGAAAACAAAACUUCCCCAUACUAUCGCACAAAGCUCAGAGGGCUCUACACCACGGCCAAGGCCGACGCAGAGGCAGAGUGCAGUAUCCUACGCCACGCACUGGACAAAAUAGCAGAUAUCAAAUCCUUGUUGGAGGAGAGGAGAUUAGCUGCCAAGAUGGCGGGUGUGUACAGCGACACCGACCCCCCCAGGAAGACCAUGAGGAGGGGGGUGCUGAUGACCCUACUCCAGCAGUCGGCCAUGACACUCCCUCUGUGGAUCGGCAAGCCUGGAGACAGCCCCCCCCCACUGUGCGGUGCGACCCCAGCCAGCAGCGACUACGUGGCCAAGCAAGGCGACAAGGUGGCGGCCCGCGUGAAGGCGGUGGACGGAGACGAACAGUGGAUCCUGGCUGAGGUGGUCAGCUACAGUCACUCCACCAACAAGUAUGAAGUGGAUGACAUCGACGAGGAGGGAAAAGAGAGACACACUCUGAGCAGGAGGAGGAUCAUCCCGCUCCCCCAGUGGAAGGCCAACCCGGAGACGGACUCCGAGGCUCUGUUCAGUAAGGACCAGCUGGUCCUGGCCCUCUACCCACAGACCACCUGCUUCUACCGGGCCCUGAUACACAGCCCCCCACACAGGCCCCAAGACGACUACUCUGUGCUGUUUGAGGACACCUCAUAUGCAGACGGCUACUCCCCGCCGCUCAACGUAGCGCAGCGCUAUGUGGUCGCGUGCAAAGAGAACAAGAAGAAGUAGGGGAGAGGAGACAGAGAGGUCGACGAGGACACACACAAGGAGAUGAAGACACACACAAGGAGACGAGGACGCAAACAAGGAGACAGCAGAGGAUCGACAAUAGGUUCUACUUCCUGUUCUAUUGAUAAAGGCCAGACAAUGUUCCACCCCACUGUUCAGCUGUUUAGAGUUGAGCCAUGAGAGAACCAGAGGUUUCAGUGUUGCCUGCAUCGCUGAAUCGUUUAUGAAGGACUGGGGAUUUUAUCUGUCGCUGCUGUCGUGUCCAUGUCAUGUGUCAGGCUUUUGUAAAUGUUUUUAUCGCUUGACCAUUUCUAUUUUUCGAAUUGUCUGCAUUGCUAUGUCUUUGGAAUAAAAUAACAAAGAAAUCA